AUGUCUCUGACAGUGGCUGCUGCGGCAGCCAUGUUGACAGCUUCAGUUGAAAGCGACAAUCCUGGUGGUGGGCAUGAGCCAACAUGGGGCGACCCAACGAGAGGACAACGUGAUCUAUACACUCAGCUUGUUAUUAGCUUGGCAUUAGGACUAGUUGCCUUCUUAUCUUUCUGUGUCCUGCGGCCCAAAUGGACGGAGCUGUACGCUGCGCGGAGACGACAACGAUGCGCAGCUUCGUACUUACCAGAACUCCCUGAUAGCUUUUUUGGGUGGAUACCGGUUCUCUACAGGAUAACUGAAGAAGAAGUAUUGCAUUCUGCGGGAUUAGAUGCAUUCGUUUUUCUAUCGUUCUUCAAGUUUGCGAUCCGAUUCCUGUCCGCUGUCUUCGUGCUCGCCGUUAUCAUAAUACUCCCAAUUCAUUACAAAUACACUGGGAAAAGAGGAGUUCCAGGUUGGGAUGACGAUAAUUCCCUUGGUGGGAACCCGGAUAAGAAGCCUGUGACUGAUCCAAACUAUUUGUGGAUGUACGUGGUAUUCACGUACAUAUUCACCGGACUGGCUGUCUAUAUGCUACUUCAGGAAACGAAUAAGAUAAUUCGUAUCCGACAAAAAUAUCUCGGCAGCCAAACAAGCACGACUGACCGAACUAUUCGCCUGUCCGGGAUUCCUAAGGACAUGGCAUCUGAAGAGAAGAUUAUAGAUUUCAUGGAGGGUCUCCAGGUUGGAAAGGUUGAGAGUGUCACAUUAUGCCGCGACUGGCGUGAACUAGACCACCUAGUCGAUGAGCGAUUACAAAUAUUGCGGGAUCUAGAACGAGCGUGGACCAAGCACCUAGGAUAUACACGGAGGACCGAAAAUGAUAGCACGCUACCAUUUGCACAUCAUCAGCCGCGUGGCUCGAGCUUGUUUUCUGAAGACAACAGCGAGCGCAUACAACUUCUUUCGGAGAGUGGACGAGACCACAUUGCAGACUAUGCGCACAAACGACCGACUAUUCGUUUAUGGUACGGGCUAUUCAAGCUACGGUACAGGAAUGUCGAUGCAAUAGACUAUUAUGAAGAGAAGCUGCGGAGGAUUGAUGAAGAGAUCUUAGUGGCACGCCAAAAGGAGUAUCCCCCUACCGAAUUGGCAUUUGUGACCAUGGAGUCUAUAUUUGCUUCCCAAAUGGUGAUUCAGGCUAUCCUCGAUCCCCAUCCUAUGCAGUUGCUCGCCCGAUUGGCGCCAGCACCUGCGGAUGUCGUUUGGAAGAAUACGUACUUGCCACGUUCGAGACGAAUGAUGCAAUCCUGGUCUAUCACGGGGGUCAUUGGCUUCCUAACCGUCUUCUGGUCGGUACUUCUCGUUCCCUUAGCGUAUCUUCUGGAAUUGGAGACUCUACACAAAGUGUUUCCUCAAUUAGCCGAAGCGUUAGCUCGUAGUCCUCUUGCGAAAUCGCUCGUUCAAACCGGUCUUCCGACCUUGGUCCUCUCGCUGAUGACUAUUGCUGUUCCUUAUCUAUACAACUGGCUCUCGAACCUCCAAGGAAUGACAUCGCGUGGCGAUGUUGAGUUGUCCGUCAUUUCCAAGAACUUCUUUUUCUCUUUCUUCAAUCUUUUCCUUGUCUUCACUGUCUUUGGAACGGCAACAACCUUUUACGAGCUUUUUAAGCACCUUCGUGAUGCGUUUCAAGAUGCCACUACCAUUGCAUUUGCGCUAGCCAAAUCGUUGGAAAACUUCGCACCAUUCUAUAUCAAUCUUAUAGUCCUUCAAGGAGUGGGGAUGUUUCCCUUCCGGCUUUUGGAGUUUGGGAGUGUUGCCAUGUAUCCCAUCAAUUUCUUCAAAGCUAGAACACCGCGUGACUAUGCUGAACUAUCCACGCCACCUACUUUUAGUUACGGGUAUUCUAUUCCACAGACGAUCUUGAUCUUAAUCAUUUGCGUGGUAUACAGCGUGUUUCCAAGCUCAUGGCUGAUCUGUCUGUUUGGGCUGGUAUACUUUACCAUCGGGAACUUCAUUUACAAAUACCAGCUCCUGUAUGCAAUGGACCAUCAGCAGCAUUCCACAGGACGUGCAUGGCCAAUGAUAUGCAGUCGGGUCUUGGUAGGCUUGAUGGUGUUCCAGAUCGCAAUGAUAGGCGUGUUAGCCUUGCGUACAGCAAUCACGCGUUCCUUGAUCCUUGUACCUCUAUUGGGCGCAACGGUGUGGUUUAGCUACUUCUUCUCCCGGAGUUACGAGCCGCUGAUGAAGUUCAUUGCUUUGAAGAGUAUCGACCGCGAUGGCGGUGGGAAUGUUUCCCCUUCGCCUUCGACUUUCUCUUCGCCCUCUGGCCUCGACCGUGACGCUCUACCAAUCCGAAUUGGCGGGCAAGAACUAGGGCUGAGGCUGAAUAAGUAUGUCAAUCCCAGCCUUAUUUUGCCUCUAGAUGGCGCUUGGCUUCCAGGGCGCAGCGCUGGUGAGUUCCCUGUAUCUUUUGAGAUACACUGA